AUGACAUUAGACCCGCUGAACCCUAUUUUGACAAUUACCUACAAUUUUAGUGGGCCUCCGCUAAAUAUCAACAGAACUCUUCUUUCUCUACAGCAGAUAGCCUGCCUUCCAUUGAGAUGGCAGUGUCCCAUCGAGGAACUUGAGCGUUUGAGUCAUAAUGAGGUUACCUGCAUCUUCGUUAUUCUGUUCAUAGAAAAACUGGCUCCCUAUGUGAAGACGAAUUUCGGCUUUUCAAUGACAUACCUGGCUGUCCAGAUCUUUUGGCCAAAUACCAUCAUCUAUUGGGUUAACCUUGCAACACAAGUUGGCAUCCUUAGUCCAAUUCUCUAUAGCACCAGCACUUCAGUUACGAUCAUGCUGUUCUCUCUGAUCCUCCUGGAGAUGCGUACGAAAGCUCCCGGUGCUAAAACGUUUCCUCAGGUUGCGAAGAGCCGGUUUGGAACAACUGCACACAUCAUCGUGGUCAUCACUUUCUUACUCAAAGCUGUAUUUAGCGUGAUGCAGGUUGUUAACGAUGGAUGUUGGAUUCUAGAGGCAGCAACGGAUGAUGUUGGUAGUGAGAAGAUAAAAGCUUGCAUUUUCUUGUCUGUUGUCACUUGCGUCGUCCUCGCCGAAUUUGGAAAAUAUCGAAAAUCAAAAGAACAUGCUGAUAGAACUCAAAUAUUAAUUAAGUCUGAGUAUCAUAGUCAAGACGCUUUAGUUCUUGAAGGUGAUCACCUUAUUAAAAUUCAUCACCGACUUAUAAAUUUCAGCUUUGAGUGA